AUGACGUCGUUCUGUGAGAAACAAUCGAUAGAUCUGAACGAUAAGAACGCGACGAGCAGUGACUCGCAACCCAAUCCUUUGCCUGUCACCUCAUUCGGAAUUUACGAGCCGUCCGGUAACCACCUCGGAAAGAUCAUAAAGAAGGGAAAGGGCAACGAUGAGGAACAGAGCGAAUGCCCGAAAACGGAGGAGCUAAACGAAAACGGCGAAAGAGAGAAGGAAGUAUUCAAAAAACCGAAAGAAUGUCAUUCCCCGUUGCUGAAAAGGAUGAAGAGUGCGGAAGAUUCUAAGGGGGAAUUCACAUUCAAGAAGCCGCUGAGACGCUACUCGCCGCUGUGGAGAAAGAGUCGGAAUGCUCAGAUUCGGAUGACUGUUCUCUGA